AUGUGCUGCCAGACCAGAGAAAGGACCGUGAGAUGUUUGUUGCUGGUCUCUGCCCUCUGCCUGGUUGGCUGUGAAGGCAACACGAGUGAGCUGGUGAGCCCACGUGGCCUGAGGCGAGGGGUUGCCCUCCGUCUCAGUAGGAGCCCAGCCGCCUGCCUGCCAAACCCGUGCCAGCACCAGGGGGACUGCCAGGUGAUGGAGGACAGACCAGUCUGCAGCUGCAAACCGGGCUUCACAGGGUCGUUCUGCCAAGAUGUGGUACUGAAGUUGGCCUGCGAGGAAGAGCACAUGAAGAUGAUGGUGAGGAAGGAGGUGUUUGAACUCCUGAAAAUCCCCCGGGAGCUUGUCCACUUGAAGAACCAGGCAUGCAAGGUCUCAGAAAGGGAAGAAGAGGGCGAGCUGUUUUUUGCAGCCACUCUCACAGGUGAAAACCACACUGCCUGUGGAUCAAUAAUUCAGCAAAACAGCUCCCAUGUGUCGUACUUCAACGUCAUUGAGUCGGAGCGGGAAGCGCGCGGGGGCGUGAUCUCCCGGAGUUUUCAGCUGGAGGUGCAUUUCUCCUGCAUCUACGCCUGUGAGCGGGUCGUGAAACUGCCCUUCGCUCUCACUGCUGUUGACAAGCUGGUGCAGUUCGUGGUCAGAGAAGGACACUUCAAUGUCAGCAUGAGACUGUACAAGACUCCCUCCUACCUCCAACCCUAUCACCUGCCGACCACGGGCAUCCCCCUCAAAUACUUUCGGCUGAGCGUUGAGGACUGCUGGGCCACGCCAAGCGCGGAUCCCUACCAGGAUGUGCGGCACAAGCUCAUUGAGAAGGGGUGUCCCCACGAUGAGACAGUGACAUACCUGAAUGCCAUUGGAGAGAGCACUACUGCCAAGUUCAGCUUCCAGAUGUUUCAGUUUGUUGGUUACCCCGAGGUGUUUCUGCACUGCCAUGUCCGGCUCUGUCUCCCCGACAGCCCAGACCCCUGUGCCAAGCAAUGCCCCGGGCGCUGGAGGAGCAAGCGGGCGCCGGCGGAUGACUACAAUAAGAUUGUCUCCUACGGGCCCAUCCACCUACUGGCUGCUCCUUCCUCGGGAGCAGAGAACCACCAUUCCAGGACUGACCAACAGGACCUGGGGGGACCCAACCCGUGGCUCCCCAGGGCCCUCAUCCUGCUGUGUGCGCUUGGUGUGCUCACUGCGGCUGCUGCGGCCGUCAGCGCGAGGCGGCAAACGGUGUAG